AUGUUGAGCAAGAGCAUCGCAAGGCAUGCAACAGCAUUUGGCCGCAGGCGGCAAUUGCUGCUGCUGCUGCUGGCGCUAUGCGUCUGCCUGAAUUGCGGCUUAAGCGCCAACAGCGGCGGCAAUGCCGAUGUGGACGACGCUCAUCCCCUGCGCCAGGGCUCACACAAACUGUGCGGUCAGGCGCUAAACGUUGCCAUGGAUGCGGUCUGCGUGAAUGGUUACAAUACAAUGCGCAAAAAGCGCAUGGAUAGUGAGCUGGCGUUGAGUGGCGGACUGGAGGCAAACGCAUUGCAAUUGCAGCCGCAGGCUUCUGGCUACGCUCGCAGUCCCCUGCUGUCCAGCAUUUAUGGCACCGAGGUGUUGAUCAAAACGCGUCGCUUGCGUCGUGACGGACCUGGCAUUCAUACGGAAUGUUGCCUGGAUUCAUGCACCUAUCCAGAGCUGCUCGCCUAUUCACAAAAUGUACUCGUAGCUAAUGAAUAA